GCGGGCCGGCGGGACGGAGGGAGAGGUCCGGCUGGUGCGCCGCGGGGCAGGCCCUGUGAAGGGGGGCGGAGCCCGAAUAGAGAUCACGGCGCCUGGUGGCCACCGCGAGGCCGGAGCGACGGGCUUGGGGAGAGAGUUGGAGCCGGAGCCACGGGAGCCGCCGGGCCUCAGCCAUGUCCUACUGCCGGCAGGAAGGAAAGGACCGGAUUAUUUUUGUGACCAAAGAAGACCAUGAAACGCCAAGCAACGCUGAGCUGGUAGCAGAUGAUCCCAAUGAUCCAUACGAAGACCAUGGCUUGAUACUGCCCAACGGAGACAUUAACUGGAACUGCCCGUGCCUCGGUGGGAUGGCCAGCGGUCCCUGUGGGGAGCAAUUCAAGUCAGCCUUCUCCUGUUUCCAUUACAGUACAGAGGAAGUCAAAGGCUCAGACUGUGUGGAUCAGUUCCGGGCCAUGCAGGAAUGCAUGCAGAAAUACCCGGACCUUUAUCCCCAGGAGGAGGAAGAAGACGAGAAGGCGGCUGAGGCUGAGGCUGAGGCCGAGGCUGAGGAGGGCGAGGGCAAGGGCAGAGCGGGGGCCGCCACGGCGGCUGUGGCAGCUGUGACCAAAGAGGGAUCGAGCUAAUGAAGACAGAUGGAGGCACCCGUCUCCUGUCUUUCUCCCUUUCAGAGAGGCAUGGACCUUAUGCAAAAUGUCUCUUUGGGGGUCUUCACAGAAAAUCUCUUCCCUUUUAAUGUCUUGUGCACUGCAUAUGAAAUAACUUAUUUGGAUGGGCAGGGGCCUCAACCCUGUGACACAAACACUGAAAAAGAUGGGGGUUCUCUGUGUGUGUCCGUGUGAGUACCUGUGUGUGUAUAUGUGUGUGUCUGUGUGUGUGUGGACCGUGUAAACCUCUCAGCGGAUAUAGCUGCUGCUUUUGAAUUCUUCCUCGUCCAGAGCACCCGAGUCUCACCAGUUCAUUUGAAAUAACGUAUUUAAGGCUUCUCAGCAAUGCCCCAAACCACUGCUCUUCAGGUGCAGGCUGGAGGGUAGGUGUUCUGUGGAUUCACUUAUUUUUAUUUUUUUUUUUUUUUUGCGUGUAGUUCAUAGUCCUCUUAGGACUUAUGCAAAAAAAAGAAAAAAAUAUAUAUAUAUAUCUCCAAGAGGAAGAACCAUUUUCUGAGAUGAUUGAUUUUCAAGAGAUAAUCUCGAACUUCUAUUGUGCAGAGGUACUGAUUCAUGAAACAUUUACAUCAGGAAUAGAGAGAGAUUAAAUAUUGCCAAUAGGUUCUGGAAAAGAAAUGGCUUGAGUGGAUUUGGGUUUUUUAUUUUUAAUUUAUGCAUUGAGCUCUGGUUCUCACAUAUUUUGAAAGUGAAGCUAUGUGGGUACAUCAGGCAUGCCUCUCUGAUUCUACUUACAAAGCAAAUGUGAAAAAUGGUUAUCACGUCCUUUCCUGUUGAGAACCCCUUGGUUGAGGGUCCCUUUGUUAAUGCCUGUUCCAUCUUUACCAGUUCAUACAAAAUGCCCUUGGGAGGUGGAGACUGAGCUGUUACCUGGAGUAACAAUCUUAGAGAAAAUAGUGUGACUUCAAGUGCACAUUAAACAGAAAAAAAUGAUUUUUA